AUGGCCCCUUCCGCCGCCGAGAGCGCCUCACCGAUUGGUAUCGCCAACCUCCCUAACCAGCGACACAAGAUUGUUGCCAAGCGAGGUGCCGCCUUCACUAUUAUGGUUGCGGGCGAGUCCGGCCUGGGAAAGACCACCUUCAUCAACACCCUCUUCUCGACGACCAUCAAGAACUAUGCCGACCACAAGCGCCGUCACCAGAAGCAGGUCGACAAGACGGUUGAGAUCGAAAUCACCAAGGCUGAGUUGGAGGAGAAGUUCUUCAAGGUCCGCCUGACCGUCAUCGACACCCCCGGCUUCGGCGACUACGUCAACAACCGCGACUCGUGGAUGCCCAUCAUCGAGUUCCUCGACGACCAGCACGAGUCUUACAUGCUCCAGGAGCAGCAGCCUCGUCGCCAGGACAAGAUCGACCUGCGUGUCCACACCUGCCUGUACUUCAUCCGCCCCACCGGCCACACCCUGAAGCCCCUCGACAUCGAGGUCAUGAAGAGACUCUGCUCGAGGGUGAACUUGAUCCCCGUCAUCGCCAAGGCUGAUACCCUUAGCCCUGCGGACCUGGCCAGGUUUAAGGCUCGCAUCCGUGCUGUCAUUGAGGCCCAGAGCAUCAAGAUCUACCAGCCCCCCGUCGAGGAGGACGAUGAGCCCGCUGCCCAGCACGCUCGCAGCCUGAUGGCCGCUAUGCCCUUUGCCGUCAUCGGUUCCGAGAAGGACGUCAAGACCGGCGACGGCCGCAUCGUCAAGGGUCGCCAGUACUCUUGGGGUGUUGCCGAAGUCGAGAACGAGGACCACUGCGACUUCAAGAAGCUGCGUUCCAUCCUCAUCCGCACCCACAUGCUCGACCUCAUCCACACCACCGAGGAGCUGCACUACGAGGCCUACCGUGCCCAGCAAAUGGAGACCCGUAAGUUCGGCGAGGCCCGCCCCAGAAAGCUCGACAACCCCAAGUUCAAGGAGGAGGAGGAGGCGCUGCGCAAGCGUUUCACCGAGCAGGUCAAGAUCGAGGAGCAGCGCUUCCGCCAGUGGGAGCAGAAGCUCAUUGCCGAGCGCGACCGUCUCAACAAGGACCUCGAGCAGACCCACGCCCAGAUCAAGCAGCUGGAAACCGAGCUGGAGCAGAUGCAAGGAAGCGCCGUCCGCAGCCACGGCCGCCGCUAA